AUGACCAGCCUCACUGACAGGGACAAGGCUACAGUCAGGGCCUUUUGGAGCAAAGUGGCUCCAAAGUCACAGGAGAUUGGCGCAGAAGCCCUGGCCCGGAUGCUGAUUGUGUAUCCACAGACCAAGACUUACUUUGCACACUGGAAGGACCAGAGCCCCAACUCCCCCUCUGCCAAGAAGCACGGCAUCACUAUAAUGUCUGGAGUUGGAGAUGCUAUAGGCAAGAUUGAUGAUCUGAAAGGUGGUCUCCUGACCCUCAGUGAGCUGCACGCCUUCACUCUGCGUGUGGACCCUGCAAACUUCAAGACCAUCUCCCAUUGCAUCCUCGUGGUCAUGGCCAUCAUGUUCCCCGAAGACUUCACCCCCCAGGUCCAUGUCUCUAUGGACAAGUUUCUGGCUUGUCUGGCUUUGGCUCUGGCUGAGAAAUACAGAUAA